CUUUUAUGUUCUAGUGGAGUGAUUUAUUUAUACCAAAAAUUAGAUAAAAUAACCCACACUGAUAAGCAAAAAAUGGCAGCCCUUCCACGCAGAAUUAUUAAAGAAACCCAACGUUUAAUGCAGGAACCAGUACCAGGAAUAAGUGCUGUGCCGGAUGAUAGUAAUGCUCGAUAUUUUCAUGUAAUUGUGACAGGUCCGGAAGAUUCUCCAUUCGAAGGGGGACUGUUUAAACUUGAGUUGUUCCUCCCAGAAGACUAUCCAAUGUCUGCUCCUAAAGUAAGAUUCAUAACAAAAAUAUAUCAUCCUAACAUUGAUAGACUAGGUAGAAUAUGCCUUGAUAUUCUUAAGGACAAGUGGAGUCCAGCUUUACAGAUACGUACUGUCUUAUUGUCUAUUCAAGCCUUACUUAGUGCUCCCAAUCCAGAUGAUCCUUUAGCUAAUGAUGUAGCUGAAUUAUGGAAAGUAAACGAAUCGGAAGCUAUUCGAAAUGCAAAGGAAUGGACACGACGAUACGCAAUGGACAAUUAAACUGUGCUCCACCAGGACAUCGGUAAAAAACAUAAAGCAUUCUACUUUUUUCUUAGUAUAUAUUAUGUUUAUUUAAAUUAUCAAACAGUCAAAGUAGAAUUUUUAUGUUUCUUACUCUAGUUGUAUAAAAACUUACGCUAAUAAAAGAACUUUCUGAAAUUGAUAAUUACCUAAGUUUUUUUCAUUUUGAAGGUUCAUAACAAAUUAUUGUUAUUUAUGGUGUAUAUUUUUUCUGUUUAAAUUUUAUGUUCAAAACAUCCUUUAUGCUUUCUCCUUUUAUACUCUGAUCUCUUAAUUUCAAUUUUGGUGUUAACCAAGUAAUAAAACAUUCAUGUAUAAUUGAGUUAAGAAUAAAGGAUAAUUUUUCUAUGCUUCAACUGUGUACAACUUAGCAUCAGUUCUGUGCAUAGUUACACUUGAAAGAUGGAUUUGUAGUUUGUUGUAAAUAAGGCUGUAAGGCUGUAAGGCUUUUUACAAAUAAAUUCUUUACACUAAAAUCGUUAAUUCUUCUCUCAUUCAUUUUCAUUAAAACUGCGUUUAUAUACAAUUUUAUAUGAAUAUAUAGCCUUACAAAAGUUGAAUAAUUGGCAUUGUUUGAAAACAAAACUUGAAAUAGAUAACAAAUAUCACUUAAGUGCAUGAGUCAAGUUACCACUUAAACUAGGUGUGCCAAAAAUGCCAAACUGUAUUCUUAUUUUGUAAAAGUUUUUAUAAAUAAAUUUUAUACUUU